GAUGCAAAAUAUUAAACUAAUUCAGCCUUUUGAUGGUGAUGCUAAUUACUUAGCACUGUAUGUCGAUAGCAUUGAUUCCAUAAUGCCUGUGGUUGCACCAACGCAGCGGGCUGAGCGAGCCUUUUAUUUUAACUGCAUCUUAAGAACUCUACGAGGGGCAGCUUUGGACAUCAUAAGAAGGGAGCAGCCGUCAGAUUGGUCCACGUUAAGGGAACUUUUAAUUGAUGAGUUUGGAGAACACACUCCAAUUUCGACUCUUAUUUUACAAAUUAUCCCAUCCAGUAAUACUAUUUUAGGUCAAAAUCAAUCCAGACAGGUAAAUGUUGGCCAACCCAGUCAACAAAAUCAUUGUACCCACUCAUUAAAUAGUCCGAUUACACAUACCCCAGGCAAUGCCCUGCAAACAAGUUCAUUACAAACACGAGUAUCUCAUCCCGUUGGGUCAAAUCAAUCAAGAAUACGAAGAUAUGGUCAACCUGAGCCAAUGGAUCAGGAUAUGUCAAAUUUUCAAUUAGAAGCCUCGGAGGACUGCCAUCGAUUAAACUGACACUAAAUAACAAAGAAAUCAAAUUUCUAAUAGAUACGGGUUCAUCGGUAAGCUUAAUUAAACCAUAUAUAUUAAGUAAUGAAACUACAGGAGUAAAACCGAUUAUUUUAAAAACGGCAACAGGUAAAGUUGUUCUAGACAAAGUGCAGGAAAUAGCUGUUUUUUCUAAACAUAAUUUAAAAUUCUACGUGUAUACAUUUUCUGAAAAUUACGAUGGACUUUUAGGUUUUGAUAUACUUAAGAAACUGAAUUCGAAAAUUAAUUUUCAAAAUAUGACUAUUAAUUUAAGUGGAAAGCUUUAUUCAUUUUGUAAUAAAAAUGAUUCGGUACAUCACUUUAGCAGUAAUUUAAAUGUUAUGAAUGAUGACAACGAUGAAACUAAUUUUAGACUAAGCCACUUAAAUAUCGAGGAAUAUAAAGAAAUCAAAGGCCUAUUGACAAAAUUUAGCCACAUUUUUUAUAAGGAAGGAAAUCAAUUAACUUUCACCCACAAAAUAAAACAUAAAGUCAAAACCAUGCACGAAGAUCCUAUCUACGUAAAGUCUUACCGAUAUCCGGAAGUGCACAAGGCGGAAGUAGACAAGCAAAUAGCGGAAAUGAUGGAGCAAAAGAUUAUUUGCCAUAGCGAUUCCCCGUACUCUGCACCGCUGUGGGUUGUACCUAAGA